AUGCCUACGUCCCAAGAUGAUCGCUCGGAAACGCGACCACUGCUGCAAGAGCAGGACAACGAAUCCUAUCGUUCCGUGGACGACACUACACUUGAAGAACCACCUCAAGAGCCGCCUCCUCCAACGAGUAAAGUGUCCGGGUCCGACCUUGCAUGGGUCUUGGCUGGAUUAUGGAGUGCUGUAUUCUUAGGCGCUCUCGAUGGAACAAUUGUUGCUACCUUGCUCGCACCCAUUGGAAGCUACUUCAAUGAAUCCAACAGGUCUUCGUACAUAGGUACAUCAUAUCUCUUGUCCGUGUGCUGUUUCACGCCGCUAUACGGUAGACUUUCUGAUAUCCUCGGCCGUAGAGGCGCGAUGCUUCUUGCCUUGUCACUAUUCGGAAUGGGGACUUUCCUGUGUGGUUUGGCUCCUUCGAUGGAUUCCCUAAUCAUCGCUCGAACGAUAGCAGGCAUGGGCGGUGGAGGUUUGUUCGGUCUGGGGGCCGGGCUUGGUGGACCUCUCGGAGGCUGGCUGAACGAUACAUUCGGAUGGAGAUCAGCUUUUCUUUUCCAGAUGCCCAUCUUACUGUUUUCGUUCAUUUUGGUGAUCACAAAAGUCUCAAUUGAGCUUCCCGACGAGGUUCAACAGCAGAGUUUACGCUCGAAGAUACGAAGAAUUGACUUCAUGGGGUCUUUCACACUAGUAGGAACAGUUGGCUGCCUCUUGCUUGGGUUCAGCUUGAAGUCUACUGAGGAACUACCAUGGUCACAUUCCGUCAUCUGGGGACUCCUAUGUGCUAGCGUGGUAUUCUGCGUCAUGUUCAUACUCACCGAGACGUACUACUCGCCAUAUCCUGUCAUGCCGAUGAGACUAGUGAAACAGCGGACGCCUCUUGCCGUAUCGCUAGCUUGCUUUUUCGGCAGCGCUGCUGCAUUCUCGACGCUAUACAAUGUGCCUCUAUAUUUUUCUGCCGUGAGAUUAAACACUUCGACAGACGCAGGCGAGGCUGCAUCUUUUGCCCCACUCUUCGCUGCCGCUGUUCUCAUCUGUUUCUGGAAUGACAAUACUCCUUCCUUUGACUUAUGGUUCGACAUAGUCCCGCAAGGUCUCGGGAUGUCUAGCGUCAUCACCACUACACUGAUUGCGAUGAUCGCGAGUGUCGCCAAAGAAGACUUGGCCGUUGCCACUGGUAUCACUUAUCUUUUCAGGACUACGGGGCAAGUAUUGGGGGUUAGCUUGAGCGGUGCACUGUUGCAAGCUGUAUUACAUCGUAAGCUUAGAGAACGCAUCACAGGCCCAGACGCAAUCGAGAUCAUCGAGAAAAUUCGACAUUCAACGAGUAUUAUAUCGGAAUUGAGCCCACCUUUACGACAGGCCGCCGUUAGUUCAUACGCAGAUGCCUUGCGCAUCGUCUUCAUCUGCCAAGCUGCCGCCAACUUCUUCUGUCUUUUGUGCUGCAUACCAAUACAGGAGAAUCCUCUUCCCGGGACGCAUGAGGAACAAGAAGCGCAAUACCGGCGACGAAAAAAUACAAUAGAUAGGCCUCCGCCCAGCAGCGAGCCUUAA